AUGAGUGUCACGGCAUCGUCGGCGGCGUCGGCCGCCGCGAAGUCGAUCGUUUCGACGCCAUUUUCGAUAAACGAUAUCCUGACGCGCAGCCGGCGCCGCUCGUCGGGAGACUCGUCCGGCAACGAGGACGAACUGCGGGCGUUUUACCACCACCAGCAACAGCAGCAGCACCCCUACCACCACCACCACCACCACCAUCGCCACCUGCACCAUCAGCUGCACUCGCGGCUCCACCAACGCAGUCCGGCGGCGGCGGCCCCGCCCGACGACGCCUUCUACGGUCAGCUGGCCCUGGGAUGCCUCAACAACAACAACAACAAUGAGGGCGCGGGUGGCGACAAGGUGUCCCUGCGGCGCGGCUCACUCGAGUGCUUCCGGGUGUCGCCGUCGCCGCGGACCGACGGCGCUGGGGACACGACGGCCGAUCGCAUCACGAGCCUGCUGCUGGAGGGAGCGGCGGCAUCCCGAGGUGGGCCAGGACCCGCGGCGGCGGCGGUGGCGACGGCGGCUGACCGCUGCUACCGCCACUCCGACAGCCCCAUCGAUAUGCGCCGCUCGACGGAGAACGAUUCCGACUGUGACUCACCGUCCCCGUACGGCGGAGGCUUGGGGUCCCACGAGGUAGGAGCGGAUGAGGUGCCCACCGCCUCGGCCGCCCGGAAGAAGAGGUCCCGGGCGGCGUUUAGCCACGCGCAAGUGUUCGAGCUGGAGCGCCGCUUCGCCCAGCAACGGUACCUUUCGGGGCCGGAGCGGUCCGAGUUGGCGAAGAGCCUGCGGCUGACGGAGACGCAGGUGAAGAUCUGGUUCCAGAACCGGCGCUACAAGACGAAGCGGAAGCAGAUCCAGCAGCACGAGGCGGCCCUCCUGAGCGCGACCAAGCGCGUCCCGGUGCAGGUCCUGGUGCGGGAAGACGGCACGUACGGGACGGCGGUGCUCGGGGCCGGCCAGCCCCACUACGCCGGCGGCCUCGACCCGGCCCUGCUCAACGUCUACCGACACCAGAUUCAGAUGGCGUACGGCAUCCCGCCGAUGCCGUUCUCCUAUUUCUACCCCUCGAAGCUCGGUCCCGGUGGUCCGCUGGGUCCUUCCUCGGCGGCGACGGCACCGCCACCGGCUGUCAACUGCGGUCACCACAAGCCUACCCCGCAGCCUGCGUACCUGGCCGUGCCGGGACCGUUGAACUUCUCGACGCGGAGUGACAGCGACGUGGAACUUCCCGACGCUUCUAGCGGUCGGGGUCGAGGUCGGUCCCGAUCGCCGUCGGAACGGGGCUCGGGUUCGGAGGCCUCGGGAUACCGGCGGACGCGUGGCCACAGCGGUGGCGUGGUGCUCCUGUCCAGCGGCGAAGGCGAUGAGGAGGAUGGCGAGUGCGAAAACGUGGAAAUCGAUUGA